AUGUGUGUAAACGUGCUUCUGUCUUCAACAGGUGCCAUAUUGCCUGCUGCGGCCGUACCAGCAAAUGCAAAUACACACAGAAUAUCACUGGCUUCAAGUUACACUAGUAAGCUGGCCUGGAAAUUAUCAGGUUCAAGCCAUCAAAGUCUUGAUACAACAUCCAUUACGAGAGGAGGUCACUCGAAAUUAGCCCAGGCACAAGUUAGCAAACCGACUCUAGAAGAAGCUUCUGUAAAGUCGAAUCCUCUACCCGCAGGAAUACCAGGAUGUUAUUCAAAAACGGUACCAUUCACUCAGUAUUGGAUUUCAAAAGAAAAUAGUUGGGAUGAAACGAACAAUGGAGAAAGAGUAUGGUUAGGUAUGGAACAGGAAGAAAGACUGGCCACUCUACAAAAUGAAACUAUCGCAACUGUUUCUAGCAAUACUUUUGAAAAAUGCACGAUGGAAGGAACUUGCUUACUCAACGAUGGCCGACUGAUCAACGUCGAUAUAAAGGAUAGCUUCAAGGUCAUAGGCGGACGUAACAGAAAAAAAAAUCUCUUCGGCUACGGUAGUCGAAAACAAAACUUAGCACCAUUUGUGAGCAUUGCGGCAAACGAUUUACCAUAUGGACAAACAAUGUAUCUAUCGCAAUUGGAUGGCGUCAGAAUGAGCAAUGGGUUGAUACACAAUGGAUGUGUCCGAGUUGAUGAUGACAGUUACAGCUUUGGAUCAUGUCAAUUGGACUUCUUUGUUGUGUCUUAUGUUGACUAUCUUUUGGUAGAAAGCGGACCUAUCAACCGUAUCUCGUUCGAGAAUUGUACUGUAAAGAACUACGCGACCGAGGAUAUGAUGAAAUGGGUAGGUGCCGAUGUGAGCGCCUUAUCUAUAAUUCCUAAUGAUCAAAGAGAUGACUGGAAGGAUUGGAUGGUUCACGAUGAAGAGCAUCCUUUCACUACAGUUAUCAAUGCAACGAAUGUCUCUUCAUCAUCAGCAACACCUUCUGUGAAACCCUCCACCACUAUGACUAUCAAUGCCACCUCAUCAUCAGUAACACACCCUGUGACACAUUCUACCACUUCUCAAGCAGGUUCCAAAACUACAAACAGCACUAGAAGUAAAUAA